CCAGAAGUUCCAAGCGUUGAGAACAUCUGUGUUAGAGGCUAGACAAAGACCUGAGCAGCUCGGAAGACAAGCAACGGAAAAAGCUAAUUGUAGGAGAGAGAGAACAGUGACACAGAUAUAUUCAUCGAACGAUUGUCAGAAGUGAAAUAAUCCUGCCUGCUCAAGGUAGUGAGGGGCACAGAGUGAGAGGUGGGCGGAUGCACACUCUCUACUCUCUUGCCCUGCGUUUUUGUUGCCCCUUCAGCCAACUUCGUCGCUCCUCUCCACCACCACAACCUCUCAUUCCACCAUCUGUGCCUGCUUCAGGCGCAAGUACCCCGUGGUGCGUCUGUGGCAUGGAGAAGGAGAGGGAGGAUGAAGAGACGGAGGGGAGGGAGAGACCAGAGCCGCUGACGGAUGUGGAGCGGGGCAUCAUUCAGGACACCUGGGCGCGUGUUUACGAGAGCUGUGAGGAUGUGGGCAUCACUAUACUAAUAAGGUUCUUUGUGAACUUCCCCUCAGCAAAGCAGUACUUCAGUCAGUUCCAGGACAUGGAAGAUCCAGAGGAAAUGGAGAAGAGCUCUCAGUUGAGGAAACAUGCCCGCCGUGUCAUGAACGCCAUCAACACAGUUGUGGAGAACCUUCAUGACCCAGAGAAAGUUUCAUCUGUUCUGGGGCUAGUGGGGAAAGCACAUGCACUCAAAUACAAAGUGGAGCCAAUGUACUUCAAAAUCUUAAGUGGGGUUAUCCUGGAGAUACUUGCGGAGGAUUUCGGAGAGUGCUUUACCCCAGAAGUGCAGACAUCCUGGACCAAACUGAUGGCAGCAUUGUACUGGUAUAUCACAGGGGCUUAUACUGAGGUGGGAUGGCUCAAACUAUCCAGCUCAGCGGUCUGAGAUUAGGCAUUCAUUCCCACUGUACAUGAACGCUGGUUGUAACUCAUCAGCUUGGCUAGUCAAAGGACUG